GCUCAUGCUCCUAAAAACAUGGCUGCGAUUUUAGCUCUUUUUGUUGCUUUCGCUGUUGUUGUUGCGGCUGAUGAUGAUGGUGAGGGAGGUUCGGCUUUGGGAGCUUCUUAUAUCUUUGGAGAUUCAUUGGUAGAUGCCGGGAAUAAUAACUUUUUGCCGACGUUAUCUAAAGCUAACAUCAAACCUAAUGGGAUUGAUUUUAAACCGUCUGGAGGAAAACCUACCGGGCGGUAUACAAAUGGUAGAACCAUUGGAGACAUUAUCGGUGAGGAACUUGGGCAGAAACACUAUGCAGUGCCGUUUUUGGAUCCAAAUUCUACUGGACAAGCUCUAUUAUAUGGUGUGAAUUAUGCCUCAGGUGGUGGAGGGAUUAUGAAUGCCACCGGUAGAAUUUUUGUAAAUCGACUGUCAAUGGACAUCCAGAUUGAUUACUUCAACAUCACAAGAAAACAGAUUGAUAAACUCCUUGGCGCUUCAAAAGCGAAAGAACACAUUAUGAAGAAAUCAAUCUUUUCAAUCACGAUUGGUUCCAACGACUUUCUCAAUAACUAUCUCCUUCCGGUUCUUUCAAUUGGAGCUAGAGUUACACAAACACCCGAUUCUUUUGUGGAUGAUCUACUUAGUCACCUCAAAUCCCAGCUUACUAGACUUUACCAACUAGAUGCACGAAAAUUCAUCAUAGGAAAUGUAGGACCAAUUGGAUGCAUUCCAUAUCAGAGAACAAUUAAUCAAUUGAAUGAGGAUGAAUGUGUCGCGUUGCCUAAUCAACUUGCACUUCGAUACAACUCUAAAUUGAAAGAUUUGGUUGCACAAUUAAACGACAAUCUCCCAGGAGCUACUUUCGUUCAUGCCAAUGUCUACGACUUAGUCUUGGAACUCAUCACAAACUACGCCAAAUAUGGAUUUAAAACCGCAAGCAAAGCAUGCUGUGGAAAUGGAGGUCAGUAUGCAGGGAUAAUUCCGUGUGGUCCAACGUCGAGUUUGUGUACGGACAGAGAUAAACAUGUGUUUUGGGAUCCAUAUCACCCUAGCGAAGCAGCUAAUGUGCUCAUCGCGAAACAAUUGUUAGCAGGGGACCCGAAAUAUGUAUCUCCAAUGAAUCUUAGAGAACUCCGAGAUCUAAAUCUAUAGUCAAGUAUGUAAAUGUAACUAUAUAUCAAGGAUCGAUCAACCGCUGCUUCUGUUUUGUACUGUGGAUCGA